AUGGAGCCGCCUAAAGUUCGUUUUCUGACGAAGAUAUACCACCCGAAUAUCGACGCGCUGGGGCGCAUUUGCCUAGACAUUUUAAAAGACAAGUGGAGCCCCGCCCUGCAGAUUCGAACGGUGCUACUCUCCGUACAGGCCCUCCUUUCGGCCCCCGAACCCGACGAUCCCCUGGACACGAAAGUAGCGGAUCAUUUUAAACACGACCGACAAGCAGCAGAAGAAAGAGCGCGGGAGUGGCGGCAGAUGUACGCGGGCGACGAGACGAUAACUUUGGACUAG